AUUCCAAGGAUUUAUUAAUUUAUAAUUGCUCCUCCAAUCAAAACUCAAUCCGACAUCUAACAUCGUCUGUCACCCCCACAACCUUCGGAGCAACAGAGAGAGAUAGAGAGAGAGAGAGAGAUGGCAAGGGUGAGCUUGGUCUCGUCGAUUCUCCUACUUCUCUGCUGUGCCGCCGCCGCAGCAGCAGCAUCGACCUUCGAGGACUCCAACCCCAUCAGAUUGGCAUCGGACGGCCUCCGCGACUUCGAGGCCCAGGUGAUCCAGGUCAUCGGCCGCACCCACCACGCACUCUCCUUCGCCCGAUUCGCCCACCGGUAUGGGAAGAGGUACGAGACCACGGAGGAGAUGAAGUUCCGUUUCGGGGUUUUCUCGGAGAAUCGGAGGCUCAUCAAAUCGACCAACCGGAAGGGAUUAUCUUUCAAACUUGCCCUUAAUCACUUUGCUGAUUGGACUUGGGAAGAGUUCCAAAGCCACAGGUUGGGAGCUGCUCAGAACUGCUCUGCCACUUUGAAGGGCAACCACAAGCUCACCGAUGCUGUUCUUCCAGAAGCGAAAGACUGGAGGGAACAAGGCAUAGUCAGCCCAGUUAAAGAUCAAGGCCACUGUGGAUCUUGCUGGACAUUCAGCACCACUGGAGCUCUUGAGGCAGCCUACUCGCAGGCAUUUGGGAAGGGAAUCUCUCUCUCAGAGCAGCAGCUUGUGGAUUGUGCCAGAGCUUUCAAUAACUUUGGCUGCAGUGGUGGGUUGCCAUCCCAAGCCUUUGAGUACAUUAAAUACAAUGGUGGCCUUGACACCGAGGAGGCAUAUCCGUACACUGGAAAAGAUGGCUCGUGCAAAUUUUCAGCGGAAAAUAUUGGUGUCCAAGUCAUUGACUCUGUUAACAUUACCUUGGGUGCUGAAGAUGAGCUAAAGCAUGCAGUUGCAUUUGUUAGGCCAGUGAGUGUGGCAUUUCAGGUAGUCAAUGACUUCCGAUUUUACAAGGAAGGAGUUUACACCACUGAGACGUGUGGAAGCACUCCCAUGGAUGUGAACCAUGCUGUUCUAGCAGUUGGGUAUGGAGUUGAAGAUGGAGUCUCAUACUGGCUCAUUAAGAACUCAUGGGGAGAAAGCUGGGGUGAUAAUGGCUUCUUUAAGAUGGAGAUGGGGAAGAACAUGUGUGGUGUUGCAACUUGUGCCUCAUACCCUGUCGUGGCAUAGUCUGUUUAAGGGUUCAUGCCAUGUUGUCCAAAACUAAGGUGAAGGGCCAUGUUGCAGUUGUCCAAAACUAAGAUGAAGGGCCAUGGUGUGAUAAUGAUAAUGUAGGCUUUAUUGUAAAAAAUAAGAUCCAAUAUUAUUGGUGGUGACUGUAACGUACGCAACAUGACCAUGUGUAUAUUCUUUAUGAAUGUUAUAUGUGAAAUCUGUAUCAGAAUUUCCAUUACAUAAAAACAUAUUACUGCAUCGCCUUAA